AUGGAUAUUUUACAAUUUCCUAUUAACAUGCUGAAUUAUUUCUACGAGAUAUCCGGUGUGGAAGUAGGUCAGCAUUUUUAUUGGCAAAUAGGGGGGUUUCAAGUUCAUGCACAGAAUCCUCGAGAAGCAAUUGGGCAUAUUGUAUGUGCCAAUUGUCAUUUGGCUAAAAAACUUGUGGAGAUUGAAGUUCCACAGUCCGUGCUUCCUGAUACCAUUUUUGAAGCAGUUGUUAAAAUACCCUAUGACAAGCAAAUAAAACAAGUUCUUGCUAAUGGUAAGAAAGGGACUUUAAAUGUAGGAGCUGUUCUUAUUUUACCCGAAGGUUUCGAAUUAGCUCCUCCGGAUCGUAUUUAUCCUGAGAUUAAGGAAAAAAUAGGUGAUCUUUAUUUUCAAAACUAUUGUCCCAAUCAAAAAAAUAUUCUAAUAAUAGGUCCUGUUCCUGGUCAAAAAUAUAGUGAAAUUGUAUUUCCCAUCCUUUCACCAAAUCCCGCUACUAAUAAAGCAGCUCACUUCCUGAAAUAUCCCAUAUAUGUAGGUGGUAAUAGAGGAAGAGGACAAAUUUAUCCCGAUGGGAGCAAAAGCAACAAUACAGUCUAUAACGCUUCAACAACGGGUAAAGUAAGUAAAAUUGUGCAUAAAGAAAAGGGUGGAUAUCAAAUAACUAUUGAUAAUCCAUCAGACGGUCGACAAGUGGUUGACUUUGUACCUCCAGGACCGGAACUUCUUGUUUCAGAAGGUGAAUUCAUCAAGGCGAAUUAG